AAUUCAACAAACGCAUCUUCAAUUUGGUCGGGGUCGGAUGUAAUGAUGUUACCAUAUUGGAUUGAUUCAAUUUUUGCAUCUUUUGAUCUUUUGUUUAGUAUUGCUGAUAGAUACUUGCUAGCGAUGCAUUGUUCUUCAAGAUGUUUGAAUUUUGCUGCUUUUUCUAAUAGUAUUUGUUUUGCACGUCGAGUUUGUUUGUCUUUGUUAUAUUGA